UUGAACUGCCCCGAUUUAUUUAUUCUAAAGAAACUAAAAACUCUUAGUUGCUCAACAAUAUGCUUAAUGACGUACAUGGUUCAACCAAAUAACGUUUCCAACGUCACACUCGUAUUUUUAUCGGGAAAGCGGAUGUAAAUGGACAUUUCAGAUAUGCUCAUAUAUAGAGUUUUAUGGAAGUUUAAGAAGUUAUUUAUAUAUUUCUCUGCUAUAAAAACAGUAACCGAAGAGGAAUGGGAUUUAAUCCGUAGUAGUAGCAGUAGCGUGUUCCAGGUCUUUUCUACUCACAAUGCUGAAGAUUUUAUUAUUCCUUCUUCCAGCUGUCUUGGUGCUUGCUAAUCCCGGAUCCUCUGUUCCAAAUUCACACAAGGAAUGGCAGGACUAUAAGCUAGAUCAUGGAAAGACCUACCAGGAUGAGGCCGAGGAGCUCUCGCGUAGGAAUGUCUACCACCAGAAUAAGGAACUCAUUCAGCAGCACAACCUGCGGUUUUCCCAGGGUCUGGAGACCUUUAAGCUGGCUGUAAACCAGUUCACCGACUUGCUGACCACCGAAAUAAACCAAAUGAUGAGCGACUCCAGCUUUACCCACAGCCAAGUGAAAAGUGGUUCAACCUUCUUAACGCCGGAAUACUCCACCCUUCCUGAGUCCGUGGAUUGGAGAUUAAAGGGCGCAGUUACCCCGGUCAAACAUCAGGGAUACACGUGUGGGAGCUGCUGGGCCUUUGCUGCUGUAGGAGCUUUAGAGGGUCAACAUUUUAGGAAGACUAGAAAACUCAUCUCAGUGUCGCCCCAAAAUCUGGUGGAUUGUUCUGGCAGUUAUGGAAAUAAUGGAUGCCAAGGCGGCUUAGACUCAAGAUCUUUUGCCUACAUAAAGGAUAAUGGUGGGAUUGCCACCGAACAAUCGUAUCCCUACACAGGGCUUCAAGGAGAAUGCAACAUGGAGAGGGCCAUGAUAGGAGCCACUAGCUCGGGUUAUGUGCACAUACCUCAAGGUGACGAGAAGAAACUGGCAGAGGCUGUGGCUUUCUUUGGACCCGUGAUCGCGGCCAUAGAUUCCUCCCAUCCAUCCUUUAAACUGUACUCCAGGGGAGUUUAUGAAGAGCCAGCUUGCAACGCCACCGCCUUAAACCAUGCUGUCCUGGUUGUUGGCUUUGGAACUACUAAAAACGGCAAGGAAUACUGGCUAGUUAAGAACUCUUGGGGCAAGAAAUGGGGCAUUAAUGGCUACAUCAAGAUGUUACGCAAUGCGAAUAAUCACUGUGGCAUCGCUAGUGCUGCCAUUUACCCAUUGGUUUAG